UAUGAGCAACGCAUCAUUCUGCUGCCACUCCGCGCAAAAACGCAUCAGCUGUCUCGCGUUGCCGGCUGCCAGCACAAGGGCGAUUCUGCUCGGGAAAAGGAGCGCCGUGUUUCUCGCUCUCCCUCGGCUCUCAUCCGGACAACACACGACCUUGAAGAAGGAGAUCUCCGUGAUCAAAAUAGCUCCGGGUUGAACUUCCACCAACCAACACGUCGGUAGGAGGAGUCAACAGAGGGCGUGUGACCUGCAUGGUGUAGUUGGGCAGUGGGAUACAAGCUCCUGGACCAGACUCACCGGGGACAAUAGCCACACACCAACACUGUAGGGGAAGGAGCUGUCUCGGUGACUCACAGUGACAGGGUCAAGCCGCCGGGAGGACCAUGUGACCUCUCUGUGGCCCCGCCCACCAUUGCUCACUUGUCCUCGGUCACUUCCUGUCAGGCCUCUCUCUCUGCGGCGGAGUGGCCGGUGACAUCAGAGCAGAGCGGAGCUCGCCGCGUCUACGUCCACGUCUUCGUCCACCUCCCACGGCCACGGUGAGCUCCGUACGCCUGCGGAACAUCUGAACAGGGACCAAAGGACACACACACACACACACGCACACACACACUCACAGAGGACACUCAAAGGAAGGACAUCUCAGGACACGUUGUUUUUGUCGAGUAAGGGAGUGCAGAGUUUUGUAUCUUUUUCCCCAAAGAAAACCACCUGCAUCAUUUUUUUUACUGCUGCUAGAACAGCGCAAGUCCCUUGACCUCCCUCUUAUCUGUGCACAGUCGGACACGUGCACACACACACACACACACACACACACGCACACACACACACACACACACACACACACGUUUCUACUAACAGAACACUGACACAGACCAAGGAGCAGAAGGCCCAAGUGUUUCUGGUUGGAUUCUGGAUUUACCAUCGCCGUGGUUACUGCCCCGCGUGUGAGGAAUGUAAACAGCCACCGGCACCACGGACGAGCGCAGGAGAGGCGUGGGCUUCGGCGGAGGAGGCGGCGGCGGCGGAGGCAGUUCCCGGCUCGACUUCGGCAUGUCUGGCAACGGGAACCCGUGCCCCCCAGGGGUGCCCCCUCCGCUGGGCGCCUUCUCCGUGCCCCAUUACUCCUACUUCUUCCCUCACAUGCUGGGGGGGCUCUCGCCCCCCGCCCUGCCCGGCCUGUCCGUCAGCGGAUACAGCACCCCGUCUCCAGCCACGGUGGAGACCCAGAGCACCAGUUCGGAGGAGAUCGUGCCCAGUCCGCCGUCCCCCCCACCCCCGCCCCGCGUCUACAAGCCCUGCUUUGUGUGCCAAGACAAGUCCUCAGGCUACCACUAUGGCGUCAGCGCCUGUGAAGGAUGCAAGGGCUUCUUCAGGAGAAGUAUACAGAAAAACAUGGUGUAUACCUGUCACCGGGAGAAGAGUUGCAUCAUCAAUAAGGUCACACGCAACCGCUGCCAGUACUGCCGGUUGCAAAAGUGCUUCGAAGUGGGCAUGUCCAAAGAGUCGGUGCGGAAUGACCGGAAUAAGAAGAAGAAGGAGGAGAAGAAGCCGGAGUGCUCGGAGAGUUACGUGCUGAGCCCCGACACGGAGGACAUGAUCGAGCGUGUGCGCAAGGCCCACCAGGAGACCUUCCCCUCGCUCUGUCAGCUCGGAAAAUACACAACGAAUAACAGUGCGGAGCAGCGUGUGUCGCUGGACGUGGACCUGUGGGAUAAGUUUAGCGAGCUGUCCACCAAGUGCAUCAUCAAGACGGUGGAGUUCGCCAAGCAGCUGCCCGGCUUCACCACGCUCACCAUUGCCGACCAGAUCACACUUCUCAAGGCCGCCUGCCUCGACAUCCUGAUUCUGAGGAUCUGCACGCGGUACACCCCCGACCAGGACACUAUGACCUUCUCGGACGGGCUGACGCUGAACCGCACACAGAUGCACAACGCCGGCUUCGGGCCGCUGACCGACCUCGUGUUUGCCUUCGCCAACCAGCUGUUGCCACUGGAGAUGGACGAUGCUGAGACAGGGCUCCUGAGCGCCAUCUGUCUGCUGUGCGGAGACCGUCAGGACCUGGAGCAGUCGGACAAGGUGGACAUCCUGCAGGAGCCCCUCCUGGAGGCUCUGAAGCUCUACGUGAGGAACAGGAGGCCCCACAAGCCCCACAUGUUUCCCAAGAUGCUCAUGAAGAUCACAGACCUGCGCAGCAUCAGCGCUAAAGGGGCGGAGCGAGUGAUCACCCUGAAGAUGGAGAUCCCGGGCUCCAUGCCCCCACUCAUCCAGGAGAUGCUGGAGAACUCCGAGGGCCUUGACAACCGUGAGGGCGGUGGGGCACGUGGCGGCGCGCGCAGCUGCAGUCCCAGCCUCUCCCCGAGCUCAGAGCAGAGCAGCCCCCCGGCCCCGUCGCCCUCACCCUCCCCUGAUCUGGACCCACCUCUCUCCCUUCCC